AUGGUAUAUAGUAUCAGUACAAAAGAACUGAUGCAUCUGGGACUGGAUUUUAUCAGAAGUAGAACCUACCUGUAUCUGUCAUCCUUUCUCCAAGCCCCUGAAUUUAUUCUGUUGUGGGUUUGUUUUUGUUUUUUUAAUUUUUUGACAGAGAAGGAACUGCCUGGCAAGGUUGUCUGGGUGACCGGAGCCUCAAGUGGAAUCGGAGAGGAGUUGGCCUACCAGCUAGCAAAGAUAGGAGCUCUGUUGGCUUUGUCCGCAAGAAGACAGGAUGAACUGGAAAGGGUGAAGAAGAGAUGUCUGGAAAUCAGCAGCUUGAGUGAAAACGAUAUCCUUGUUCUGCGCCUUGACCUGACUGAGCGAAGCUCUCAUGAAGCUGCAACCAAGGCUGUUCUUCAACAUUUUGGCAGAAUCGAUGUUUUGGUGAACAAUGGCGGUCGCUCCCAGCGCUCCCUGUUUGUGGAUACGAGUGUGGACGUCUACAAUGCCAUUAUGGAGCUUAACUACCUGGGCACCAUCUCCUUAACAAAGCACGUCUUGAAUCACAUGAUUGACAGGAAGAAAGGGAAGAUCGUUACUGUGAGCAGCGUCAUGGGUAUCAUGGGAGCCCCCCUGGCCACUGGGUACUGUGCCAGCAAGCAUGCCCUGCAGGGUUUCUUUAACUCUCUUCGGCCGGAGCUUUGGGAGUACCCGGGAAUCGUCGUCACCAACAUCUGCCCGGGCCCUGUCCAGUCAAAGAUCAUAGAUAACGUCUUUACUGAAGAGCUCACAAAGUCCCUAGAAAAGCCAGGUGAUCAAUCCCACAAGAUGUCAACUGCCCGCUGCGUUCGGCUCACCUUGGUCAGCAUCGUCAAUGACCUGAAAGAAGCCUGGAUCAGCGACAACCCAUACCUGGCAGUCUGCUACCUCUGGCAAUAUGCACCCACCUGGGCAUGGUGGCUGUUGGGCAGGAUAGGCAAGAAAAGAAUACAGAACUUCAAGAGCGGAGUGGACGCUGAUGCCUCUUAUUAUCAAAAGGUGGCAGCUUGAAGAAGGACCUGCUCAACGUCUACUUGGAGCUGGGGCUGAGGGCAUCUCUUCUCUUCUUGUAACACUUCAAGCGGCGGCCUUGCUUUUUUAAUCCAUAGCACUUUUGUCAUGUACCUUGACAAAAGUAAUAAAUACAACUCUAAGCACAUGUACUUAAAUAAAAACAUGUUUCUAAACA